CGCAGGUUGUACCAGAGCGCUGAGCGAAACUGAGGAAAAGAACGCCGUGGACCCUGCGGUUCGCUGUUUAUUCAACGCGUUUACUUCAAUGCAUACCUGCCAAAUUCAGCGGCAAGUUUUUUGUUUUUAGACACGCCACACAAGUACUUACUACCUAAAACCAUGACGGAGCCACAGUCAGCGCUGUUACUCAGGAGACAGCUGGCAGAACUGAAUAAAAACCCUGUGGAGGGCUUCUCAGCAGGUUUAAUAGAUGACAAUGACCUUUACCGAUGGGAAGUUCUAAUUAUUGGUCCUCCAGAUACGCUUUAUGAGGGGGGUGUGUUUAAGGCCCAUCUCACCUUCCCAAAAGAUUACCCGCUCAGACCCCCCAAAAUGAAAUUUAUUACUGAAAUCUGGCAUCCGAACGUUGACAAGAGCGGUGAUGUAUGUAUUUCUAUUUUGCACGAGCCCGGGGAGGAUAAGUAUGGUUAUGAGAAGCCAGAGGAACGCUGGCUCCCCAUUCACACGGUGGAAACAAUCAUGAUUAGUGUCAUUUCCAUGUUGGCAGAUCCCAACGGAGACUCCCCUGCAAAUGUAGACGCAGCAAAAGAAUGGAGGGAAGACAGAAAUGGAGAGUUCAAAAGGAAAGUUGCUCGUUGUGUAAGAAAGAGCCAAGAGACUGCCUUUGAGUGACAUUCAUCCAGCAGCGUGUAGCUUCACUUUUCAGGGUCUCCAACUGAGAAACAGCACGGCACUAUUUUCCUGCACUCUACACAGCCAUUGCCAGACUGGUCCUUAGUGAGCACCGGCGGGCAUGGGAUGGCAGAAGCAGGCUGUGGUGGAGCGCAGUGCCAGUCACGGAUGCUGACCACAACGACGACAACAACAACAAUAACAACACGGAAAAAAAAAAGCCUAGCAAGUGCCAACUUUAAAAACGUCAAGCGAUGAUUCUGAAGUCUAAAUGAACUGCUUCAGCUUUCAGGAAGAAUUGUAAAGAGCUGUAUAUACUACACAAACGUUAGGCCGGAUAAUAUAUGAACUGUUCUUAUCCAUCCGUAAAACCCAGUACCAAAUAAGGAGCGCUUUCUGUAUUUGGAGUAUGAAUCCUGUAAAUUCCUGCCCAGACCCAAGCUCACCCCCCAAGCCCCCUCCCUCCUUCUUUUCCUUGUGUGCUGUGACAGCAAGCUUUGGGGAAGGGUGGUGGCUCAAACUGGGUUCGGCUUUACAUCAGCAUCCUGCAGUUAGCAAAACUUACUGGCUCUCUAAAAUAAUUAGCACCAAGGUCAAGGGUCAAACACUCCUCACUUUCUCGAACUGAAAACAGUGUUUAGGAGGGUACAAAAAAACUAAUGCUUGUCAUGUUGGGUCCCUUCUCGCUUUCAUCCCCUCAGGAAGAAAAAUGACCAUAAAUCGUAGUUAUUUGAAGAUUUUUUUUUUGGUUGUUCUUUUAAAUUAAGGUGAUCAUACUUUGAUGGCUUUGGUUUUCCAGCAUAACAUGGUUGAUUAGACCUUGUGUGACGGGGGUUGAGUUGCUUCAAAUGGAUGUUUUCAGCUGAAGUGUUGCAUGUGAAAGAGCUUUUUUUGUGGUUGACUUAAUAGUUUUACUCUUUUUCUAAAGUGCCUCCUAGUAAAUUGCUUGGUAAGUACAUACUGCAUUACACAAAAGUUCAGGGCAAAAAAAAAUUCUGAAUAAAUUGCUAGGCACCCAUUAAGUGCCCCUCCCCGUUUUUUUACCCUUUAUACCUGGAUAAUUAUAAACAGUGCAUAAUAAUUAAUAACAAUUUGGUGUAGCAAUAACUUUUUUCUUUAGUGGAUGGUGCACCCUUUGCAGUUUGUUUUCAGUGUCAAGGAGAGAUCUGGGACACUUGGAACUCAUCUCUCCUGAUGUUCACUUAUCGAAGCAAAUUGUUUUUAACAGCUUGUUUUGUGGUGUUAUAGGUAGGGUUUAUUAAGCAUGCUUACUCGUAGGUUUUCGUGCUUCUUGGUUUAUGUUUUUGUUUUUGUUUUCGGUGUGCGUGUCGGUGAGAGUGCUUGUGAGUGUGCGUGUUGUGUCUCCACGUGUGAAAGUGUGUGCAUUUUAAGAAAUUUCCCUCCUUUAUUUUUUAUUUUAUUUUGGCUUGGAUGGACUACUGCAGUUUUCUUGCCUAAUGUACAAAGACAAAAUACUGAUGUAUAUUUUUCAUGUAAUGGAGAUU